CAACACCACCAGUUUUAUCACCUCGGUUAAAUUUUUCCCUAAUGACUGUUCAACUAUAAUCUAUCAAGAUGGAGUUGUACAUAACCAUUCUCACCCUAAGCGCUGUUCUCUCAACUAGAGCUCAAUUUGAACAUGAAGCUUUUCUAUAUGCUGCUUGCUCUGAUGUGGAAGAAGAGUUUUACAUUGGAUAUGAUGAAGAGGAACUGGCACAUGUCAACUUUAAACAAAAGACAGUAGUAGAGACACUACCUGAUGUUUGGGGAUCAAAAAACAUAACAUUUCUCAAAAAUUAUGAAUUUGGUGCUGAUGCAAUAGUAGGAUGCAAACGUGACUUACCAAUGUUUAUUCAAACAUUCAAGAGCCUACCACUUGAAAUAGAUCUAGAUGCACCCCGGACAUCCAUCUAUGCAAAGGAUGAUGUAGAGCUGGGUAUUCAGAACACUCUCAUCUGUCAUGUGACUGGCUUCUAUCCUCCAUCUGUCAACAUCUCAUGGACUAAGAAUAAUGUUAUUGUGACAGAUGGCAUAAGUUUAAGUCAGUACCGUCCAAGGACAGAUGAUACAUUCAACAUCUUCUCCACUCUUAAGUUCACACCUGCUGAAGGAGACAUUUACAGCUGUACUGUGAACCACAAAGCCCUCCAAGGUCAACCACAGACCAAAAUAUGGGAUGUAGAUGUUGCCCUCCCAAGUGUUGGUCCUGCAGUGUUUUGUGGAGUAGGUCUGACUCUUGGGCUGUUGGGAGUCAUUUCGGGAACGUUCUUCCUCAUUAAAGGACACAACUGUCACUAACUAAUAAAGCCAUGUAAGCAAACUUUGAAAUAUCUGUUAAUAGUUUUUAUAACUGGGCACUUUGAAAACAAUAGUAAAAAUAAGAUAAGUGUCAUUCUACAUGACAAGUGACAAUUGAUGAUAAAGGUAUACCUUUGUAUUAAAUCAACCUUUUAUUGCCUCUCAAAUACUUCAAAGCAUGAUAAAGCUUACUGUGUAACACUAAACAUGCAUAUAAGCGAUAGUUCAACCCCCCAACCCCUCUUCUUUGACAAAAAGACAUUUUAAAAAUGAACAGAAAGAAGGGUUGUAAGUGUUGUAACAGGUAAUCUGUGUUUGUUUUCUGUUUUGGUCGGUUUUGAAUCAUGCUUCCAUUCUGUCAUAAUUUUCAGUAAUUUUCCUGUGUUUUAGUUUCCUUGGUGAUUCAUUGUUUUAUUACCUGUGGCAUCAGUUAAUUAGUUUCUCUGUGUAUUUAAGCAUUUAGUUUCUUCUGUUGUCGAUUUGAUCUUGUCAUUAUGAAGUUAGUUGUGCCAGUGUGCUUUGUGUCUUUUCAAUAAACGUCACUGAUUGUAUUUA